GUCAUCGCACAUAUAUUUAGAGAAUCGCCGUCAGUCGAAUAAUCCACGUCAGGACUCGAGAGACGAUGUAAGCACUGAGCUGAAAUGGCCGAUCAAAGAAGAUCCUCGUCCCUGUUGCUCACUUUCGUCGUCUACUUCUCUUUGUGGACAACCACCACCACAGCAUCUUUCUUUCAACUGAAUCAAUGCUUUGAUGAAUGUCCGGCAAAUCAUUUAGUCUCCAGCUUUGAUGUGCCGUGUUCUGGCCGCUGUGAUACGCAUGGUUACUCCUACUACUGGUGCUACACCCAAGAUGGAUGGGGCUACUGCUCCCCAGGAGAGAACAUUGACUACAAAGGCAACAAGUGUCAAAACACCUGUGCUCAGUAUUCGGUUGGUUAUUCGUGCAAAUUGUCCACAGGACGUUGGAACACAUGUGCGCCAGUGAAGCCAAAAGCACUGACCCAUAAUACCAGGUAUAUGCAAAAGUGCAUUGACGACUGCCAGUAUCAUGAAUCGGGAGAUUACUUCUGGUGUCACACUGAGAAUAGCUGGGAUUACUGCUCACCUCUACCAGACUACACCUACAGAGGUGAGUCUUGCCGCCAGGGUCACAGCUGUGGAACCCAUAGCUACAGCUAUAGCUGGUGCUACACUUCAUACCACGACGACUGGGAUUAUUGCGGAAUUAUCAGUCCCGGAGAGUGCAGCUACACCGACUCAUUCCGUAGAAAACGGCAAACCAAUAAUCCAAGUGUGCUCUGUACCAGGAGGGAUGAUGAUGAUGAUGAUGAUGACGGCAAGAGGAGAGUGACCUACUUCCUUGAAAAUAGGGAACGAAAUAACAUUGCCAGCGUCAACAAAAAGUUAUGCAAUGAAGCACUAGACUUAAUUAACAAGUGGGACAAUCAGAGAUUGAAUGACCAAUCCAGGUCCAACUUGAUUCGUUCGGCUAAUUUCCGCAUUGAUAACCAGGGACUGUGUAAAAUGAAUAAUCAGCGUUGUUACAACCUGCAAGUCCAGUUGAACAAGCAACGCAGUGCAGGUGAAAGCACGACUGUGUCACAUAUCGUCGUCCCUGUGGCCAUGUCAGCCGAGUACAUGCGACUGGCCUUCAAACUAAGUUUAGAGAAACAGGCCAGUGUUCACGUCCAGGUAAAGGAGGAAGCAGCCCCCACCUCGUACAGCAACCAAAGGUGUUGCAGGCGACGGAAAUACUAGCGUCACUCUUCAGCCCUCGUCGGGGUUAGUCGUGUCAUUUUACCACAGGACGUCAAGUGAGAGGGGUCAAACCAUUCACGCAUGUGCGUACGGCGUUGCUUCCUCAUAUGACGAGUCACAGACUCACGUCCAUAUACCGCUGGAACAAUAUACCGGUAAUAAGAGUUAUACCGGUAUAUUUUUGAAAGAGAUAUGUAGUUGAGACAAUAUCGCCACACGGUAUAUUAUAUAUUAUAUAUUAUUUUUAUGUUGCCGACCGCUUCUCUCUGAAGUAAAAUGUGUACUUUUACUCCAAUACAUUUCCCUGAACCAUCUUUGUUAAUUGUUACUACAAAAUAAAAGUUGAGCUGGUGACGUGAUGCCUGUUUUGGUGCCAGUUUUUAGCGGCACCAGCUGUGGACUUAAAACACAUCAGCGGCUCGUUGUUUACCGUGUCCGACACAGAGGCUCUGGUCUCCGGGUUUCUGUUGUAGUGAAGGCGGUGUGUAAACUGCUUAACCCCUCCUACUUUUGGUAGUGGUAUAUCCUGUGGUAAAAUGUCCAUCUACUCGUGUGAGUGGGGUCAGAAACUGUAAACUGUCACGACCAAAUUGCUUGAAAAUCAGCCUGAAUUUGUGUCAUCUAAUCCCAACAUGAAUCGUCGUGAAACUCAACAUGAGUACAUUUUUAUUCUUCUUAACUUAAUCAACAAAUCACUUUGUAGCAGACGGUUUAUAAGAGGAAAACAAUGACUCUACUCUGUUCUUUGAAGUUAAUGUACGUGUGCUCAAUGUAUUCUGACUCAAUAUAAUUGGGUUUCAUUUUUACGAUGUUAGCAUGACAAAGGUAUUCUGACUAACUGUUUAUUGUAGUUUGUCUUGGUCUAGUUACGUAGUUAGUCCAUUAAAUUGUACUUUGAUUUAGUGUACUGAUUGUCACUUUCUGUAACUGCUGUAUUUUAAAUUAAGGUAAUUGCAACGUUUCUCAGUGAAAUUGUACUUUGUCUCAUUUUAUUUGUACGAUCACUCAGCAUAAUUGUGUUUUACCUCAAAGUAAAAGUACACAGACUGAACAUAAUUGCAUUUUACUCAAUGUUAAUUACUGGAGUGUAACUCAUUGUGAUUCUAUUUUCACUGCAUUGAUCUUUCUUUGCCUAAAAUAAAUAAACAUUCA